CACUGCACUCCAGCCUGGGCAACAAAGCAAAGCCCUGUCUCUAAACAGACAAACAAAAAUUAAGAUAGGCUCCAGUGUUCUUCCAUGCAGAUAGCCAAAUUCAGCAUUUCCUGUCUACACCCUCAGACCCAGUGGGCCCCCAACAGGUGCCUGGGAAGUGGCUACCACGUUCGGGGCUAGGAGGUCUGGGAGGUGGUGCAGAUGCCCCUCCCCCAGCCAUGGCGAUAUUCUACUUUUGUUGUUUUACAAAAUAGGCUUCCAGUAAAGAUUUGGUUUGGACAAAGUGUUCUGAAGCUGAAAGAAUUUUGAAAAUCCCUUUCAGAUGAUCUCUGGGGGCCCUUCCAAGUUUGACAUUCUCUGACUCAAUAAGGCCCAGGACAGCAACUGCUUAUUAAGGAAGAGAAGGCAAUGGCUUGGUGUAUGUUUAUCCAAAAGUAAUUUCAAUACUGAAUCCCAGGUUGGCUCAAAGUGGAUAUUGGAAUCACAGCAUUUUAGAGGUGGAAGGGACCUUGGAAAUCCUCUAGUCUGGUGCCUCUCAAUCCUGGCUGCCUUUAGAAUCACCUGGGAGUUUGUUAAAAAAGUCCUGGUGCCCUGGACUCAUGCCAGACCACGGAAAUCAGAGUCCUUGGGGAGAAGGGAAGGGCCCAGGCAUAAACUGUUUUAAAAAUCUCCUCGUGAUUCUAAUAUGCAGCUAGGGCUGAGAACCACUUCGCUAGUUCAACUCCCUUAUUUCAUUAGUAAGUCAGCUGAAGCCCAGAAAAGGUGAGCCACGUAUGACACAGCUGGCUAACUGUAGGACUGGGACUAGAACCCAGAUCCCUGCCUCCCGGGUUGACUUUUUCAUCUACACCAAGUGCCUCAUCAAGCACCACUCCUUGGAUGUUUAGCUGGUAGCACUAAAGUCCCUGUAUGAAUAUUUUGUAACUUUGUAUAUGAUCAGCUUAAAAGUAUUCACUGCGUGCAAUUCUGUGCAGCCUAGAGAAACAGACUUAGUUCUACCUUGCAGGACCGUGGUGGAGAACAGGGCCAUAAAAAGCAAACUAUGAGAACAGAGCAGGACGUUUGGUACGUGCACGUGAGAGCGCCUCUGCAGGGAGGCCUGCGGAAGUGGGAAGGGAAUGAGACCGUGCUGCACCAGUUCUGCUGCCCAGCCGCCGACGCCGAGCAGAAGCCGGCCUGCUCCGACCUGGCCUCCCACAGUGAUGGCUCCUGCGCCCAGGCCGGUGGGGGCAUGGAGGACUCCGUGGUGGCAGCGGCGGCGGUGGCAGCCGGCAGACCCAGUGCCCAUGCCCCGAAGGCUCAAGCCCAGGAGCUGCAGGAGGAGGAGGAGCGGCCGGGGGCAGGGGCUGCCUCCCCAAGGGCUGGCCCCCAGCACAUGGCCUCCCCCGGCCGGCAGCAGCCUGCCCUGGCGACCGCGCUGUGCUCCCACACCCCUGCCGCCUCCGAUUACGAACUCUCCCUUGACCUAAAGAAUAAACAGAUUGAAAUGCUAGAACAUAAGUACGGGGGUCACCUGGUGUCCCGGCGCGCCGCUUGCACCAUCCAAACCGCCUUCCGCCAAUACCAGCUCAGCAAGAACUUUGAGAAAAUCCGCAACUCGCUUCUGGAGAGCCGCCUGCCGCGGCGGAUCUCCCUGCGCAAGGUGCGGGCACCCGCGGCCGAGAGCCUGGCGGCCGAGAAAGCGCUCAUGGAGGGCUACGGCCUCAUGGGGCUGCCGCUGGUGCGCGCGCCCUCCCUGCCGCCCACCUUCGCGGGCACCCUCACCGAGCUGGAGGACUCCUUCACCGAGCAGGUGCAGUCCCUGGCCAAGUCCAUCGACGACGCGCUCAGCACCUGGAGCCUCAAGACCAUGUGCUCCCUGCAGGAGACCGGCGCGUACCAGCUCCACCAGGCCCUGCAGGCGGCCGCGGGGCCCCCAGGCCUGGAGGCCGAGAUGCGGGAGCCGGAGAGCGCAGGCCCCGGGCCGGGGGAUGAGGCCGCGGAGACCCCCGGCCUGCCCCCCCACAGCGGCACCCUCAUGAUGGCUUUCCGGGACGUCACGGUGCAGAUCGCCCACCAGAACAUAUCCGUCUCCUCCGCCACGGCUCUGUCGGUGGCCAACUGCCUGGGCGCUCAGACGGCCCAGGCCACAGCGGAGCCCGCGGCGGGCAAAGCCGAGCAGGGCGGGACCCCCGGGCAGGAGGCUCCGGAAGCCCCCGCUGUGGGCCGGGGGGACGCGUCCGCGGAGGACUCAUGCACCGAGGCUGGGGCUGGGGGGGCGGUGGAUGAAGCCGCAGCAGCCAAAGCAGAGGAGGAGGAGGAGGAGGAGGAGGCAGCAGACCUGGGGAAAGGGGCCGAGGCUGAGGCAGGCGACCUGGAGCAGCUGAGCAGCAGCAGCACGUCCACCAAGUCCGCCAAGUCAGGCUCGGAGGUGUCGGCCUCCGCCUCCAAGGACGCCCUGCAGGCCAUGAUCCUGAGCCUGCCGCGCUACCACUGCGAGAACCCCGCCAGCUGCAAGUCGCCCACCCUCUCCACCGACACCCUGCGCAAGCGGCUCUACCGCAUCGGCCUCAACCUGUUCAACAUAAACCCGGACAAGGGCAUCCAGUUCCUGAUCUCCCGCGGCUUCAUCCCAGACACCCCCAUUGGUGUGGCCCAUUUCCUCCUCCAGCGAAAGGGCCUCAGCCGCCAGAUGAUUGGCGAGUUCCUGGGCAACAGCAAGAAGCAGUUCAACCGCGACGUGCUGGACUGCGUGGUGGACGAGAUGGACUUCUCCAGCAUGGAGCUGGACGAGGCCCUGCGCAAGUUCCAGGCACACAUCCGUGUGCAAGGAGAGGCCCAGAAGGUGGAGCGGCUCAUCGAGGCCUUCAGCCAGCGCUACUGCAUGUGCAAUCCCGAAGUGGUGCAGCAGUUCCACAACCCCGACACCAUCUUCAUCCUCGCCUUCGCCAUCAUCCUCCUCAACACCGACAUGUAUAGCCCCAACAUCAAGCCUGACCGGAAGAUGACGCUGGAGGACUUCAUCCGAAACCUUCGAGGUGUGGACGAUGGCGCUGACAUCCCCAGGGAGCUGGUGGUAGGCAUCUAUGAGAGGAUACAGCAGAAGGAGCUCAAGUCCAAUGAGGACCACGUCACGUACGUCACCAAGGUGGAGAAGUCCAUCGUGGGCAUGAAGACAGUGCUGUCGGUGCCCCACCGCCGCCUGGUGUGCUGCAGCCGGCUCUUUGAGGUGACGGAUGUGAACAAGCUGCAGAAGCAGGCGGCGCAUCAGAGGGAGGUGUUCCUCUUCAAUGACCUGUUGGUGAUUCUCAAACUUUGCCCGAAGAAGAAGAGCUCCUCCACAUAUACCUUCUGCAAGUCAGUUGGCCUGCUGGGCAUGCAGUUCCACCUCUUUGAGAACGAGUAUUACUCUCAUGGCAUCACACUGGUGACACCGCUCUCGGGCUCCGAGAGGAAGCAGGUGCUGCAUUUCUGUGCCCUGGGCUCGGACGAGAUGCAAAAGUUCGUGGAGGACCUGAAGGAGUCCAUUGCUGAGGUGACAGAGCUGGAGCAGAUCCGGAUAGAGUGGGAGCUGGAGAAGCAGCAGGGAACAAAGACACUCUCCUUCAAGCCCAGCGGAGCCCAGGGGGACCCACAGUCAAAGCAAGGAUCGCCGACAGCCAAAAGGGAGGCCGCGCUCAGGGAGAAGCCGGCGGAGAGCACGGUAGAGGUGUCAAUUCACAACAGGCUUCAAACGUCCCAGCACAACUCCGGGCUGGGGGCCGAGAGGGGAGCGCCGGUGCUGCCGCCAGACCUGCCGCCUAGCCCCCUGAGACAGCAGCCCCCGCCGCUGCCGCCGCCGCCACCCACACCCCCGGGCACCCUGGUGCAGUGCCAGCAAAUUGUCAAGGUCAUUGUCCUGGACAAGCCCUGCCUGGCCCGCAUGGAGCCCCUGCUGAGCCAGGCUCUCUCCUGCUACACCUCGUCCUCCUCUGACUCCUGCGGCUCCACACCCCUGGGCGGCCCCGGCUCUCCGGUCAAGGUCAUCCACCAGCCUCCGCUGCCUCCGCCCCCACCCCCCUACAACCACCCUCACCAGUUCUGUCCACCAGGCUCCCUGCUGCACCGGCGCCGCUACUCCAGUGGCUCAAGGAGCCUGGUGUAGACUCUGCCCCACUCCGCUGCUGCCCCGGGAGGGCUGGCCACUGGGGGGCCUGGGCUGCCCCUCCACUGCUCCCCACGCCCUGGCACGAUGCGUUCCUGGUCACUGAUCACCAUCAUUUUGGGAAGAGAAUCCCAAUCCUGGCACCUGGGUUUGCCUCAUCCAACCAUCCUUCCCUUUCUCAGCUGCACCCUGACUCCAGUUCUGAAGACACACCUCACUCUCCCGGGGCCCUACGCAGCCAGACCCGGCGAGGCCUCCUCUUCCCCUGGCCACCACGUUCCCCCCUGGACCAUGGACUGAAGAAACUGGAGCUGAGGGUCUAACUAGCUUGCAAGCUUUGAGUCUGUUAGUGCCCGGGGGCCUCGGGCCAUGGGGCAGCAGCAUGAGGCUGGGCCGGCCGGCAGUGGAGCACUAGACAGAAGCGGCUGGCUCGUAGCCCAGAACUAGUGCCUCUGUGGCUGUGCUGAGGGGAGGAGGGUUGGUCCCGCUCCCUGGAGGGACAGGUGGGAGAAGGGGGGGGGCUCUUUCUGCUGCCCCCACCCCCAAGCCUGGCACUCUGAAGAGGCUACUCCUCGGUCCCCA